AUGCCGAGGGAUACGCAGCAGAUCCUCCAGGCGGACAUGCCAGACGUGCGCCCGCUCGCCUCGAUCCUGCGCAGCCUGAACUUCAAGUCGCAAGCAACCUUGAAGAUUGAUCAGGCAGGCCUGAGAGUCACUGUGGAGGAAGGACGGUCUUUGCAAGCCCACGCCUACAUCGCCACUUCCGCCUUCUCGUCCUAUGCGUUCGAUCUCGACGCAGACAACCCGGCAGCGUACACCGACGUCCGCCCAACCUCUUCCUCGCGCGACGAAUCUCCUUUCGCCUCUUCACCUGCUCCCGAAGCGUCCGGUCCUCCGUACUGCCAAAUGACGGUCUCACUGUCGACCAUGAUCGAAUGCCUCAACAUCUUCGGCAACGCAGGCGGCGCGAGCACAAGCGCAUUCAAGCGCGAGUUUGACGACGAGGACGAGGACGGCGGGAGUGGGUGGAAGGGCAAGCGGCGGAGGAUGGACAGCGAGGAUGUCGACGAAGAAAGGAGGGGCGGGCAACGUCGAGGUGCAGGACCGGACGACGGCAAGACGACUUCGCUCAGAUUGUCGUAUGCUGGUCGGGGCGAACCGCUAGUCAUGCUGCUAGAGGAAGGCGGCAUCGUCACGCGCUGCGAGAUCACAACUUACGAGCCGGAAGGCUUGCUCGACCUGACCUUCCAGGAUGAGGAGAAGGUGCAGCGGCUGAUCAUCAAGUCCGAAUGGCUCCGCGAUGCCCUCCUUGAAGUCCCCUCUUCGUCCGAGAAACUCGCCAUCUCUUUCUUCCCCGAAGACCACGCACGCACGAACUAUCACGCCGAUGAUCCGACAAUGCGCAACGAGGAGGAGGAGGUGCCGCUCUUCAGGCUGGAGAGCGUCGGUCCGAUGGGCAUCACCGAGAUGGACUACUCAGAGGACAAGGACGUUCUCGAGGUCUUCGAGUGCGAGCACCCUAUCCGGAACAGCUACAAGUACCAGCACAUUCUCCUCACCCGCAACGCGCUGCAUGCGUCCAUCAAGACCUCCAUCCGCACCGAUCCCGACGGCCUUCUCUCCUUCCAGUUCAUGAUCCCGCUCUCGCCUCGCGGCGCGAAAGCCAGCAUGAAAGAGGACAAGAUUGGCUUUGUCGAGUUCCUCGUCGUGGCACUCGACGAUGAGUAUUGA